AUGGCUCCCCGUCCCUUUUGCUACAUCGUCAGACCUGACACCCAACGCAGGACCAAGACUGGCCAGAUUCAGGCUGUUCGUGGGCCCAAUGUCCCGCUCAUCGCUGUUGACGAACUUCCCGACUGGAUUGAAAUCUAUGGGGUGCCCCGUGAAAUCCCCAGCGAGCAGACGAUUGGGCUUCAGAACCUGGGGCUAAUGUCCAAGAACUCGGAGCCCUAUCUGGUGCAGCUUCACCAGAAAGUCUUUGCCGCCCGCCGUGAGCAAUACCAGGGAGACGAUUCAAGAGGUCAGGCUACCGCGGUGCCUUCAAGCAGUCCUGCUGUUCCUUCAAGCCGUCCCGCCGUUCCUUCAAACCGUCCUGCUGCUCCUUCAAGCAGUCCUACUGCGUCUCCUACAAGCCAUCAGGCGACACUUUCGCCCCAAGCUCAACCCCAGGUUCCAGUCGCCAACACAGCACCUGCUACCAACUCGCCACGGCAACCACCUCAGGCCAUGUCCACAGCUAUUCCUCAGACACAGGCUGCCCCGGCUGCUCAACCGGUACAGACCUCUGUUCCCGCCCACGCAUCUGUCACCCAAGCGCCACCACCGACAUCUACUGUCCCGGCGGGACUCCUGACCUCGCGACACGCGCCCAAACCCCCGACAGCUAAACCGGCACAAUCAGCACCGCAACCUACUACCGUUCAAUCCCCCGCUACUCCCUGUCCCCCUCCACCUCCCCCAGAAACCCCAUCAUCAGCCCCAGCGCCUGCCCCUCCAGCAGCAGCCUCCCAGCCCGGAGCCCCUGCUCAGCAAACUGUCUCUAUCACCACCACCACCGCCACCACCACUCAACCCCAACCCCCGCUCCAACCCGCUCCCCCAGGAACAUCAACCUCCUCCCCCAUCACCAUCACCCCAGCACCCCAAGAACCCUGCCUCCACUACCUAAAAUGGGGCAAAUGCAAGUUCCAACCCCACUGUAAACACUCUCACCUCAUCACCCCCGCCUCCCUUGUCCUAGCCGGCUUCCCCUCCGGUUCUUUUCCUCCUUGGAUCAAAAAACGAGUCUCCCGACUAAACAACAACAACCCCAACCCCCCCUCUCAACCCUCCCGCCCCCCUUACUACCCCCAGUGUCACUACCCCUACUCCUCCUCCUCCUCCACCACCACCACCACCACCACCUCAUCCGACACCCACUCCCUCACCUCCUCCUCCUCUUCCUCCAGCCCCCGGGUGAAGGUGGCCAAAAGAGGAACGGCAACCAAAAAAGUGAAAAAGCAGGAGAGACUGCUGCAGGAGAUGCAACUCCGGCUUGAGAAUCUAACUCUCAAGCAGAAGGAACGGGAGCUCAAAGUUGCGUUGAUGAGGCAGCAGCAGCAAUUGGGGUUGGGGUUGUCGGGGGGGAGUGGGGGUGGGUAUGCAAUCAACUCUCUCGGGGGGGUCGUCACCGCGACGACAACAAACAGUAAAAAGAGGCUGAGGUUGCCCAGACGGGGGAACACGCCUCUUGAUCGGCAGAGGAAGCGGGUUAGAGAGGAAACACCGGAAGGGGGGAAGGUCGGGGUUGUUGGUGUGAUGGAGGAGGGAAAGGGGAAGGAGGUUGUUGAGGAGGUCAGGAAGGAGGAAAGCACGGAAACCGAAAAGGGGGUGGUGCUGGUUGAGAUUUAG